GUGCUGAUUAAAGCUGAGGAAGGAAGGACCAAGGCAAUUAAAAUGAAUUUCUGAACUGUGACUUCGAGUGGGCACGAUUUAGGAUUUUCUCUCUCAUGAAAAACACGAUGUUCACCGAGAAAAACAGCACUACCGUCCCUCAGAAACCUGCUCCAAAGAAGACGAGACCUCAAGGGCUUCCAUCUCCAGCCCUGUGCUGUGCCUGUGGGCUGUGCAUCAUGUUAGCAGGGAUCAACAUCACUCUUGUGGGAGCCUUUGCCUUUGGUACCUUCUUGCCCAUGAACAAUCCCCCCAUCAUCAUUGGGCCCAUUCUGCUGAUUGUUGCUUUUACCUUCUUUGCGGCCUGUUAUUGCAGUCGGAGACCUCCAGCCCACAGCCAGAGGAAGUCCAAACCCGGUUCUAAUAUUGGUAUCAACAAGCCUGGCCACGCCACGUUCGAGAUUGAGACCAGCGAGCACACAGUUCAAGACACAACUGCAGUUCAGCUCAGCCCCACAAACUCACCAGUGUCUUCUAAGAAAUCUACUCCAGCCCAUGAAAACUCGAAGACAUGUAAACUAUUUACAAUGGAUGGUACCAACCCCGCAGCCAAGUACACUCCAGCCGCUGAGUCCAUAGAACUGAACCUACCACAAGAUAUGAGCUCACUUUCGUAGGGUUUUCCUGAAUGAGCUGAUCUCAGAGUGUAAACUGCCUUCAAUAUGGAUUCUUAAACCAUACCAGCAAAAACCUGCAUCGAGGUUCGAACAACUACACUCCAGAUAGUAUCAGCCUUCUUGUCUGAAUUGUUGUCAAUCUAAUUUUCACGUUUCAUUUUAUUUGUUUAAAUGUUAAUAUUUGAAUGAUUGCUCUUGCAUUCGGGCAAG